AUGUCUCACAAACGUGAUUUUGAAAGCAGUGGAAUUAAAGCUGAUGACUCUGUUUGCAACAACUCGGAUUCCAAGAAAAUGAAAAAUGGAUUAAUCUGUCAACAUUUGGAUCAUGCAUUUCGCACCUUUGCAGCCAAAUUAAUUUCCUCUCUGUUGAAACAAAAAACACAAAAUUUAGAGGACAAUCAAGACGCACCAUCUUCGUCGGCUGUGAUGAUUUCACCUCUCUCCAUUUAUUUAGCAUUGGGCAUGACCAUGGCUGGAGCGAGAAAGACAACACUGAUGCAAAUGUUGCAAGGAAUGAGUUUGUUAGGAAGUGCAAAUGAAAUUUCUGAAAAAGAAUUCAUGGAAUGGAGAGAAGAGUAUUUUAAAAAGUAUAUUCAAAAAUUAAUGUUCUUAGUGAAGGAAGAAGAGAUUUCGAUUGCAAACAGGCUAUUCGUGGAUCAGAAAAUGGAAUUGGCAGAUGAUUAUGCUAAUUUCACAAAAGAGACGUUUGACAGCUCUGUUGAACCAUGUAGUUUCACAACGGAUUUCGAAAACGAAAGAUGUAAAAUCAACAAAUGGAUUGAAACCAACACCAACCACAUGAUUCGUGAUUUGAUUCCCGUUGGUGGAGUCACCCAACAUACAGACAUGGUUCUUGCCAAUGCAAUUUUCUUUUUAGGAACUUGGAACGAAGCAUUUGAUGUUGCCAAUACGACCAAGGAAGUUUUUCACACUUUACAAAGCAACAAGAAAAAAGUGAGCAUGAUGAACAAGACUUCAGUCAAUGUUCAAUUUGGACAAGACGAAGAAGAACAAUAUCGUUGGGUGAAACUACCAUACAAGAAUGAAACCUUUUCCAUGCUUUUCAUUGUACCUCAUUCAGAGUUGACCAUUGACAAUGAAAAAGAAUUCCACGAUUGGCUCGAACAACAACUUUCCUCUCCUAACACGGUAUUUCAAACGUACUCUGAAAAACUCUCCAAGUUGUCCAUUCCAAAAUUCAAGCUCCAAUGCAAGUUGGAUCUUUCCUCUACCUUACGAGACGCUCCUUUUAACAUGACUCAUGCCUUCAAUGAACGAAAUGCCAAUUUUGAUGGAAUGACUCGAGAGGCUCUUUCUCAAACUCUAAAGAAUCCACCCUACCUUCAGAGCAUUCUUCAUGAAUGUGUGGUGGAAGUGGAUGAACAAGGUACUACGGCAGCUGCAGCAACGGCUGUUGCAAGAAGGAGAAGUAAAAGCAAAGCAUCUUCGAAGGAAUUUGUGGUCAAUCGUCCAUUUGCAUUCCUGAUCAUGCAUGAAGAGACUAUUGUGUUUUGUGGAAAAGUAAAUUCCAUUAUUUAA